AAACAAAAUGGCCAAGGAUCGCGAACGUGACAUCUCCGAGCAGAUUGCUCUAGGGCUCCCGGCCAAGAACACACAAGGUGGCGAGGGCAUGUUCGACCAGCGCUUAUUCAAUAACAGCAAGGGCAUGGACAGCGAGCAGAUCGCUCUAGGGCUCCCGGCCAAGAACACACAAGGCGGCGAGGGCAUGUUCGACCAGCGACUAUUUAACAACAGCAAGGGAAUGGACAGCGAUACCGAGCAGAUCGCUCUAGGGCUCCCGGCCAAGAAUACACAAGGCGGCGAGGGCAUGUUCGACCAGCGGCUAUUCAACAACAGCAAGGGCAUGGACAGCG